CCAUCUUCUCUUCCAGGCCUCCAACUACCCCUCUCUCACUCCUUCACGUAAACUGCACUGUCAUCAGCUGCAUCUGUGUGUUUCUCUUUUCCAAGGAAAAUCAAUGGGGAGAACACCUUGCUGUGACAAAAAUGGCCUCAAGAAAGGUCCAUGGACUUCUGAUGAAGAUCUUAAGCUUACCAAUUAUAUUCAGACUCAUGGCCCCGGAAACUGGCGUACCCUUCCUAAGAAUGCUGGGCUCCAAAGAUGUGGAAAGAGUUGCCGUCUCAGAUGGACAAACUACCUUAGACCUGAUAUCAAGAGAGGAAGGUUUUCGUUUGAAGAAGAAGAGACCAUAAUCCAACUACACAGUAUUUUGGGAAACAAGUGGUCGGCUAUUGCCGCUCGCUUGCCAGGAAGGACCGACAAUGAAAUCAAAAAUUACUGGAACACUCAUAUCAGGAAAAGGCUUCUUAGAAAUGGAAUUGAUCCUGUGACACAUGCUCCACGCCUUGAUUUUCUUGAUCUUUCCUCCAUUCUCAGCUCAACUUUGUGCAGCCAAUCUCUUCUCAAUGUCUCAAGCAUGUUAGGUACACAAGCUCUCCUAAAUCCUGAACUGCUAAGGUUGGCUAACACCCUCUUAUCAUUGAAACAAGAAAACCCAGAAAUACUGCUGCAAUAUCUCCAGCAAAACCAGCUUUGCGACUCUCAACAAAAUCUAGUUCCUUCUUUACAACCAAGUCAGCUUCAAAUUCCCAUUCAAAAUGCUUCCACUUGCACCACAUCUAAUGUUCCUUGUACUUCGACGCUGAGCCAAAUGCAGGCCAACGGGGAAGGGUUUUGUUCAAAUAUGACAAACUUCAGCUACCCAAAUUCCCAAGAAAAUUUGACAUCUUCUACUUUAAACAAUGCAUUUGUUUCGCAACCAAUUUAUGUGCAGUGUCGCCCAAAUUCAACAGUUCCCCUCCUAUCUGAAAAUUCGAACUUCCAAUCACUCGACGGCAGCCAGAAUUUUAACUUUGAUUCUGUCAGGUCAACUCCGAUAUCAAGUCCAACUCCUUUGAAUUCAUCAUCUACAUUCAUCAACAGCAGUAGUACUGAUGAUGAGAGAGAAAGCUUCAGCAGCUUGCUGAAGUUUGAAAUUCCAGAGAGUUUGGAUAUCAAUGAUUUUAUGUAAAUAUAUACAUUACAACUUAGGGCCUUAGAGUUUGGGACUUGUUUUGUAAACUGAAUGAACCAUCAUUACUUGUGAUCUUGGUUUUUUAUUUUUAUUUUUUGUAAUGGCCUAUGGGUUUGUAGUGCUUUUUCUUUUUCUUUUUUUGUUCUACUGCUAUUGCAGUGAAAUUUUCUUUCCUAUUUUUUC